AUGCCGCCCCAGCCGGGGGCCUCGGGAGCUGCCGGAUCCCGCUGGGAUGAAGCCGCCAUCAGGGCACGUCUGAGCUCUGGGAUGAGGCGGAAGCAACUGCUGCCCGCGGCCGCUGCCCCGCGCAGGCUGGGGCAAGCCCGGUUGCCUUUCAAGCGCUUGAAUCCUGUCCCGAAGGAAAAAUACGAGGCAGAUUCGGAAGUGAAAAAAAUCAAGAGCUCGCCGGGCGGUUUUGGUGCCACCAAGGCUUCCUCCCUGGACACGGCGCAGGCGGCGCUGGACAACGUGGAGAACGACUGCCAGCUGGAUGCGGAUGCCGAUUUCACCCCAAAACUCGUUAACGGGAAGGGUCCGUUAGAUCAUUUUAUACAAAAAAACACAAAACACAACACAAAUGAACCUGUAAUCGUUAUUGAUCUGACAAAGGACUCUAGCCAUAGACUAAGUGACGAUGCGGACUGUGUUAAUUUAGCCUCGGAAGCAUCUUCGUCCAUAGGAAUAACUAAUGGCACGCUAGAAAAAGAUAGGAAGCAGUCGAGUUGUGUGAAUUCCCCUCAGAAUAGGCAAAUGGAUGAUUUGAUGGAGGCUGAUGCACCAUGUGAAGCCGUAGCAAAUAAACGGGAAGAACUGGUAGAUGAAAUCCAGGCUUGCUCUGGCUUGACGCAGUGUAACAGCUCGGAAAACACGAAGAGAAAUCAGGGUGAACUGAAGGAUGUCAUUUUCAAGGGGAAGAUGCCUGUAGUGGUUUUGGAGGAUAUUAUGACUGCAAAAUCUCCCCAAGUUGCUUCUGUGGAUGGAAGCGUCACAUCAGAAAACGAGACUGUGGAAUCAUCCCAUGAAGGAGACUCUGUACUUACUAACUCCUCCUUAAGUUCUCCCUCUGUGAGCUCCCCCGAGACCCAGCCUGCCGCAGAAAAAAGGAGAAAUUCUAGUCCUUUAGCUGUCUCAACACCUGUUAGGAAGGUAUCUCAGAAAUGCCACAAAAGCUCUGCAGAGAAGGAGAAGCUGAGAUUGCAAAGAGACCAAGAGCGCGCGGACAAACUGCAGAAGUUACAGGCAGAAAGAGAAGAAAAGGGAAGGCUGAAAGAAGAGGCGAAAGCCGCAAAAGAGCGAGCCAAGGAGGAGGCGAAGAAGAAGAAAGAGGAAGAGAAAGAACUGAAAGAGAAAGAAAGGAGAGAAAAGAAGGAGAAAGAAGAAAAGGAAAAAGCUGAGAAGUUAAGAGUGAAGGAAGAGAAACGCAAGGAGAGGCAGGAAGCUCUAGAGGCAAAGCUUGAGGAGAAAAGAAAGAAAGAAGAGGAGAAACGGUUAAAAGAGGAGGAAAAGCGUAUUAAUGCACAGAAAGCAGAGAUUACUAGAUUCUUCCAGAAACCAAAGACUCCACAAGCCCCCAAGAUUCUUGCUGGCUCUUGCGGAAAGUUUGCUCCUUUUGAAAUUAAGGAGAACAUGGUUUUAGCUCCCCUCUGUCGCAUUGCCCUUGAUCCAGACCUCUUGGAACAGCUGGACCAGCUCCUGCGUGCUCAGAAUAGUGAAGUUUCUUUCUUGAGGGAUCUGAAGUGUCGUAAACCACGAAAAACUGGACCUACUUUUGUCAGUAACAGCACCGACGAAGCCAACAGUGACGUGGUAGUAGUGGAUAACUGCCAAACGGAUGCUGUUCCCGAAAGGAGGAAAUUCGGUCGGAUGAAACUUCUGCAGUUUUGUGAGAAUCACCGACCCGCCUACUGGGGCACAUGGAACAAGAAAACCCCUCUGAUCCGGCCUAGGAACCCGUGGUCAAAGGAUGGUAAACUGCUGGAUUACGAAGUAGAUAGUGAUGAAGAAUGGGAAGAGGAAGAACCUGGAGAGAGCCUCUCCCACAGUGAAGGGGAUGAUGAAGAGGAAGGAGAGGAUGAAGACGAUGACGAUGGCUUUUUUGUACCCCAUGGGUAUCUAUCUGAAGAUGAAGGAGUGACAGAAGAGUGUGAUCCAGAGAAUCAGAAGGUUCGUCAGAAGCUGAAAGCAAAAGAGUGGGAUGAACUGAUGGCCAAGGGGAAGAGGUUCCAUAUUCUACAGCCUGUGAAGAUUGGCUGCAUCUGGGAAGGUGCAGAAAGCAACAGCAGCCCAAAUGCAGACAUAAAGGUGCUCCAGCAGUUUGCAGCAUGUAUCCUGGAUCUACCUGUUGUGGAGGAAGAGCAGCAGAUACAGAAAUGUAGCAAAAAAACAGCAAAAGAUCAGCAAACCCUCGGCCAGCUCCUGCCGCUGCUCCAUGGGAACGUGAACGGGAGCAAAGUGAUCAUCCAGGAAUUCCAGGAGUGCUGCCGGCAAGGACUGUUCAGCGACGAGGGCGGCGACGCGGGCCCCGCGAGUCCCCACGCGUCGCGGCCGCAGACGCCCGUGGGCGAGGACAGCGGCGUCCCCUCCAAAGCCCGGCUCAAGCGGCUCAUCUCCGAGAACGCCGUGUACGACAAGCGGCCCAAGUACAGGAUGUGCUGGUACGUCCACUCCGAGGUGCUCAAGAGCUUCGAGCAGGAGCACCUCCCCGUCCCCUGCCAAUGGAACUACGUCACCCAAGUGCCCUCGGCGGGGAAGGAGGAGGGUGGCAGCGCGCCGGGCGGCCCGGCGCCCGCGCAGACCCCGCUGGUGUCGGCGAAGAGGAGGCCCACGGGCAGCAUGUCCAUCACCAAGUUCAUGAAGAGGCCGCGGGGCGCCGAGCAGGCUGAAGCAGCGGAGACGGACGGGUUUCAGGCAGACACUGAGGAAGAUGAGGAAGACGAUGACUGCAUGAUCGUGGAUGUGCAGCCAGGCAAAGAUUCGACGUUGGCAGCUACAGAAUCCAAUGGCACAAUUAGAACAGCAGCAAGGAUUUACCUUUAG